AUGGGUAAAAAAGGAAGAAGAGGAAGAGGUGGAAACAAGCUUGGCAAGAGAGACGACAGACAGUCAUGGGAUCAAGUCACUCAAGAAAAUGAAGCUUGGGAAAAGUAUUACAGAGCUUUAGAUUUAAUUCCGAAUGAUCAAUUUGAUCUUUUCAAGAGCACCUGCAAAGAGACAUUACCAUUAACAUUUAGAGUUACAGGUUCCAGAAAGCAUGCCAAGAUAAUUGCAAACUUAUUCCAAGAGAAGAUUAUGCCAUUGCUAGAAAAUGUUGAAGGCACAGAAUCGUACAACAAGCCAUUCUCUUUACCUUGGUAUCCUGAUAAUUUGGCAUUUCAAAUUGACUUGCCUAAGCAGGUUAUUAAGAAACUUCCUCAGUAUGCAGCUGUCCAAAAAUAUUUGCUAGUUGAAAACGAAGUGGGAAAUAUAUCAAGACAGGAAGCUGUUUCAAUGAUUCCCCCAUUAGUUUUGGAUGUUGAACCUCAUCAUCACGUUUUAGACAUGUGUGCUGCACCAGGCUCUAAGACCGCUCAAUUAAUUGAAUCUUUACAUACUUUCAAGGACUCUAACGAUGAAACCCUCAAACCAACAGGUUUUGUCAUGGCAAACGACUCCGAUUAUAGAAGAUCGUAUAUGUUGGUUCAUCAAAUCAAAAGACUCAAUUCAUCUAAUGUGAUUGUAGUCAACCAUGAUGCACAAAUGUUUCCAAAAAUGAGAUUGGAGGAAAACGGGCCAUAUGUUAAAUUUGACAGAAUUUUAUGUGAUGUUCCAUGUUCGGGUGAUGCAACCAUGAGAAAAAACAUAAUGGUUUGGAAGGAAUGGCGUUUCGGUAAUGGGAUUGGUUUGCAUCCAUUACAGCUUAAUAUUUUGAAGAGAGGUUUACAGCUGUUGAAACCAGGAGGACGACUAGUGUAUUCUACAUGUUCUUUGAAUCCCAUUGAAAAUGAGGCUGUGGUUGCUUCAGCAUUAAAAUUGUGGGAUGGAAAAGUCAAGCUGGUUGACUCUUCUGACAGAUUACCUGGUUUGAUCAGACAUGAAGGUAUUUCUUCUUGGAGAGUUUUCGGCAAAGACGGCGAAGAAAAGCAACAACCUCUUGAGGAUGACAAGCUUCCAGCUACUGUUUUCCCUCCAAGCGAUGAAGAGGCCAAAGACCUACAUUUAGAAAGAUGUAUGAGAGUUUAUCCACAAGAUCAAAACACUGGUGGUUUCUUUAUUACUGUUUUUGAAAAGGAGGCUGAGCAGGAAGUUGAGCAGGAGAAGGAGGUCACAAAUGCGGAGAACAAAAGAGGAGCAUCGGAAACAGUCGAAUCUGAAACGACCAAGAAACAGAAAACUGAAGAAUCGGAAGUCACUACCGUUGUCAAACAAAGAAGAGAAAAAUUGCCUAUUGAUGCAAAUGAAGAGCCAUUCAUCUUUAUCGAGAAAGGUAAUGCUGAGCUGCAAAAAUGUUGGGACUUUUACGAAGUCUCAGACGAUUUCUCAAAAGACUGUACAUUAGUUAGAAAUGCCACAGGAGAGCCAUUACGUUCUAUCUAUUAUGUUGCACCUAUCAUCAAAAAGAUUCUCCAGCUUAACGAGCAGAAACUAAGAUUCAUUUACACUGGUAUCAAGCUAUUUGUUUCUCAGAAGAGUGCGGUGUGUCCAUGGAGAAUCCAAAACGAAUGUCUCAAUGUCAUCAGACCUUAUAUACCAGCAUCCAGGCAACUAGAAACCAACCUUGAGCUCUUAAAGCUUUUGCUUCUCGAAGCAUCCCCAAGCGUGGCAGAAAUCAGAAACAGCAAUGCAGAUCCUAAAUUCAUGGACGAUGUUGCUCUUCUGGGUGAAGGUUCAUGUUUCGUCAAAAUUAAGACUGACAAGGACGGUAAUGAAGAAUUGUUCUUUCCUCUAUGGAAGGGUAAGAGUAGUUUCAACUUGAUGGUUAACAAGCACGAAACCGCGGAGCUUCUCUACAGGUUGUAUGGCAUUGACAAGGCAGCUUUGGACAAGAAGAAAGCUGAAGAAAAUGCAGCUGAGGAAAAGGAGGCCAAAGAGGCAGCGGACGCUGACACAAACGCUACUGAAAGUGAAGCAAAGUCUGAGGAGCAAAAUUAA